ACAGUUAUAACUCAAAGGUAGUGAUCAGAAACACACACUGAUCUUCAUUUGCAAUGGACUUCGGCGCUCCUCGAGAGUCCCUCUGGAUGACCUCUUCAAGAAUCACAGUAGCAGCACACAUGUUUGGUAUCUUGGCUAACAUCCUUAUGCUUAUUUGGUUGUUGCACUAUCGUGAAGGAAUCGAGCUUGAUUCAUCCAACCCUUAUCGCGUAUUCAAUGUUCACCCUUUCCUUAUGUUGUUUGGAUUCAUAUUUCUCGUUGGUGAAGCAAUGAUGGCAUACAAGACGGUAGCUGCACAGAGGCCGGUCCCCAAGUUUGUACACCUGUUCUUGCACCUUUGUGCACUUGUUUUAGGCAUUGUAGGGUUCCAUGCAACAUUCAAGUUUCAUGAUAUGGUGAACCUACUAGAUAUGUAUAGCUUGCAUUCUUGGAUUGGCAUGGGCACUUUCUGCCUUUUCAUCUUGCAGUGGCUAUUCGGGUUCAGUUUGUUUGUAUUUCCAAAAGCAUCAGUGCCGACAAGAGCAAGCCUAUCACAUUGGCACGUGUCGGGAGGAAGAAUGUUGCUAUACAUGGCGAUAUGCGCAGCCCUAACCGGAUUGAUGCAGAAAUUCACAUUCAUGCAGCUCAAAAACAAUAGAGAAAGUUAUUUGAUUAACUUUCUUGGUUUGGCAAUCCUUUUGUUUGGUAUCACAGUUGAUCUUUCGGUCUCUCUUGGUCAUUAUACUUCACAUAAUCAAAUGGCGUGAUCUUUACUUUUUCAUUGGAUUUUCUAAUAUGUUUGAAAUUUGAAAAUAUAUAUCUUGUAAGAAGGAUUUAUUAAUUAAUUGGUUGGUUUUGUGUGACUAA